CAAUUUGAAACUCGUGGUUGUGCUCUAAUAACCUCACUCUCAUCAUUCCCUUAUUCCUUCUUCCCCAACUGAGGAACAAUUUUAGUUAAAAAUAAGAAUAAUGCUAAUUUUUGCUACACAGUGGGAAAAGGUAUGGAGGGUGCCUGUGGUACAUACUGAGUGCACUGAAUCCAGUGGCUAUUCACAAGCUCCAGCAACCAGCUGCUGGUGAGGUGGAUUUUCCAGCAUUGCUAGGAGCAGCACAUUUGACAUAUAAUAAAAGAUGGCGCCAAAGCUGGAGAAUGUGACAUUCUUUAAUGGGCAUAAAAUGCCUAUUGUUGGGCUAGGAACAUUUCAGUCGUCUAAAGGUGAAGUUGGACGUGCUGUUGAUAUUGCCUUGGAAACAGGGUACAGGCACAUUGAUACAGCUUACAUGUAUGGAAAUGAAGCAGAAAUAGGGCAAGCUUUAAAGAAAUGGCUUGAUUCGGGGAAACUGAAACGUGAAGAUCUUUUCAUUGUAACUAAGCUUCCACCUGCUGGAAAUCGUGCAGAGUCUGUAGAGAUGUACCUUAAAAAAUCUCUAGACGCCCUGCAGUUGAGUUACGUUGACUUGUACCUGAUACACCACCCUGUGGGGGUCCAGGAUGUGGGUGGUCAAACUUUACCAAGAGACAAGGAUGGAAAUGUUCUCUUGGACAUGAACACUGACAUCAUCAGCCUGUGGAAGGCAAUGGAAGCUCAAGUGGAUGCCGGCAGAGCUCGUUCAAUCGGGCUGUCAAACUUCAACUCUAGCCAAAUCAAACGCAUCUGGCAGGCUUCCCGCAUCAAGCCAGCCAAUCUGCAGGUGGAGCUGCACAUCUACUUCCAGCAGAGGGAGUUGGCUGCUUUUUGCAAAGCACUCGAUGUGACAGUCUGUGCCUAUGCUCCCUUGGGCUCUCCACAGUUGUCCAACGUAGUCCGUGCAAGAGGAGGUGAUGUUAACAAAUUAGUAAGUGUCAGUCCGAUGAGUGACCCGGUAGUGUCACGUAUUGCAGAGAAGUACAAGAAGACGGCUGCACAAGUAUUGCUGCGGCACAUCAUGCAGCGAGGAAUUGUGGUCAUCCCAAAAAGUGUCAACCCUGACCGCAUCAAACAGAACUUUGAUGUUUUUGAUUUUGAACUGACAGAAGAAGAUAUGGAUGAACUAGAUGCACUUGACAAAGGACCAAAGUGCCGAAUAUUUAAUGAAGUUAUUGCACCAGAACGAGCCAAACAUCCAGAGUAUCCAUACCAUCAGAGAUACUGAUAUUUCAGUACUCACAGCACUAGGUAAAAUGUCAGAAGCUCUCUCAGGGAAGUCUCGAGAUAUGCUGGACAGCGGUUUUGGGGCCCCACUUUUGUGAUUGGUGUCUUUCCUGCAAAAAUUUGUAUAAAUACUUAUUUUAAUAACACAUUUUAUAUUCUUGUAGAAAAAAUUACAAACAUAUAUUCUUGGUAUUUUUAA